CACAAACAAAUUUAGAUAACCUAUCUUUUGAUAAGAAAAAGGAUGAAUCGACAAAAUCAAAGUUCAUACGGAGAGUGGCCUCUGCACCAAACACGAACAAGCUCUUUAAGAAGUCUAGCAGCAGCUUGUUAGCACCGCCAGAGAAGCCAUACGAUUAUAAGCACAACAACUCAGAUAUCACCUUAUCCUCGACAUCAAGUUCUACGAUACAUAAAAUGAAAUCCGACUUUAUACAGCAGUCACGUUCACAAGAUACUAACAUACUAAAACCAUCAAAGCCCGGUUUUAGAAGAACUUACUCCUCUAACUCGAUAAAAACUAAACAGGUCGAGGUUACGCCUGCGUCAUUCCAGAAGAUUAAACUAUUAGGUAAAGGUGAUGUUGGAAAGGUUUACCUAGUUAGAGAGAAGAAAUCAGCCAAUCUAUACGCGAUGAAAGUACUCAACAAGCGUGAAAUGGUGAAAAGGAAUAAGAUAAAGAGAGCUUUAGCAGAGCAGGAGAUUUUAUCAACUUCUAAUCAUCCAUUUAUCGUUACUUUACAUCACUCUUUUCAGUCAAUCAACUAUUUAUACUUCUGUAUGGAGUAUUGCAUGGGCGGUGAAUUCUUCAGGGCUCUCCAAUCACGUCCUGGUAGAUGUCUUUCUGAAUCUGACGCACGCUUCUACGCUGCGGAAGUCAUAGCUGCGUUGGAAUACCUCCAUUUGAUGGGUUAUGUGUAUAGGGAUCUCAAACCAGAGAAUAUUCUUCUACAUUCUUCUGGACACCUCAUGCUCAGCGAUUUUGACCUCUCUAAGCAAGGUAAAGAGCCAGGUGGUGGUGCACCAACGGUCAAAACCGGUACAAACGGUAUACCUAUGCUUGAUACACGCUCAUGUGUAGCAGAUUUCAGAACGAAUUCUUUCGUUGGUACUGAAGAAUACAUAGCUCCUGAAGUUAUUAGAGGACAUGGACACACAUCUGCAGUAGAUUGGUGGACUCUCGGUAUACUCAUUUACGAGAUGAUAUUUGCAACUACGCCAUUUAAAGGAACAAAUAGGAAUGCUACCUUCUCGAAUGUCCUCAAAACCCAAGUGAAUUUCCCUGAUUCUUAUCAUCACAUUUGUUCAUCAAAUGGACGAAGUCUGAUACGGAAACUACUAAUAAAGGAUGAAAAUAAAAGACUGGGUAGUACAUCUGGUGCAAGUGAAGUCAAGCAGCAUAGAUGGUUCAAUUCAAUAAAUUGGGGUUUACUGCGUAAUCUGAAACCACCAAUAAUACCAAACCAAGGGAAUGAAAUUGAUGCAGUGAAUUUCAGAAAUCUACGUGAAUCUAAAUCUAUUGACUUUGAUAGUCAAGUUACGCCAACUACUAGUAAAUCUCAGAUAACCGACCCAUUUGAAGAUUUCGCUAGCGUUACUAGGUUGACGGACGCAUAGGAUUUCCAGAUAUCACUUUCGGAUUUAUUUUUUUCUUAUUUGUAGAAACAUUGUAAUUUAUUUUGUUAGUUCUUUGUCGCUGUUAUGUCAUUUGGGAAACUACCGAACGAAUUGACAUUCAAAAUAAUUGGAUAUCUUGAUAUAUCCGAUAUAAUAAAUCUAACUGGAAUUUGCAAACACCUAAGGGAGAUCGCAAUAAGUGAUGCCCUAUGGAGUGAUAUUAAUCAGAGGGUUAUCGGGGAACACGUUGAUAUCAAUGCUUACGCGGAGUCUAUAAAUGCAAGUCAAUACUUUACAUAUAUUAGCUUAUUUCGUCACGCUAUCAACUUUAUUGGAAUCCACGCUGGGGAUGUCUAUCCCCAGGGACACAUACUCAAUUGGUCGAUAAACCGUACAACACCAGAAUCAGAAGGGAACUUACUAUUCAUGAGGAAUAGAUUUAACCCCAGUAAUGAAUUUGUACAAGAACUGGACAAUCUUGGUUAUAUGAUCACAAAUGAUGGCAAACUGAUAUACAGAUUAGACGAAGUGAUUGAUGCCGGGCUAAAUACCCAUAUUGAAGACCUACCCGAUCUGCUUGUGAAGUUCACGGGCAAUAUCACGAACCCUGUUGUAGCAUAUGACGUAGAAAGCGGUGAGGAGAAGGUAACGAAAUAUACCCAGGAAAGUGUCCCAAUUGACAGCCUCGACAAUAUUAAUUUGAGAACUUACCCAAGUCGUGAACUUUGUCACCUUGUUGAGCGUCGUACGCUCAAUACAAUCAACGUUCACACUUUCCAUCGACCAUAUCCAUGGCCUGAUGACGAGCCUUUGCGUACCGUAAAACUCGACACUAGUAGGUUGGAUAGAGACCCCCUCGAAGGCUUCUUCAGUGCCGAGUAUGGGAGCCAUGGUAUAGAAAUACUUGCAGCCAAGAAAAGUGUACAGGAGGGAUCAAACACUCUGGAGUUCGUAAAAGUAGGCUAUACUGAGAAAUUUUUACAAUUUUCUGAAUAUUUAGCAGGUCACGGGUGAUAACAAUGUACCAAGAGGAUUGGUUUCCAUACGCGCUAAUCUCGACCAAGAGAUAAGAGAUUCAGAGCUGCUUGAGGAUAGCGACAUCAGAGUGUCCUCAGAUGACAACCUCCCGUGGCCGUUAACUUGUCCAACCCGACCAAUUGGAAAGUCAUACAGUGCACAAGGGAAAAUAGCGAAUAGUGAACAUCAUUCUCCAAGGUCUACCCCAGUAAUAGUCCACAUCGAGAAUCCAGACGUGGUAUACGUAAGCUGGACAGAACUGAGAAAUACAAUAGUGAUAAAAAGAAUAUUCUAAUUUGUUUUGUAUUUCGCUUCCUUAAUUACAAAAUAUCAUCUUUCUAUCGUU